GCGUCUUUCACUUUCGCCUUGGUCAACAUGACUUCCCCAACCCGCACUGCGUUGUUGCUCAUCGACAUCCAGCAGGGCUUCUCGCAUCCCACCCAUUGGGGCACUCAGCGCUCAACACCGCAGUUUGAACAGAAUGUUACUGCUCUCCUGGCCGCCUUCCGCAGUACGUCUGGUGCUCAUGUUCUUCACGUCUGUCACCAUUCCACCUUUCUUGGGUCGCCUCUGCACCCGUCGAAGCCAGGUGCGGACUUCAUGCCAUACGCACGACCGAUCAAUGACGAGCCCGUCUUUUCCAAGACCACCAACUCUCCAUUUCUUGAGACGGACCUCGCCGACGUCCUGCGCCAGUUGAACUUGCAGCGGCUAGUGAUCAUCGGACUGAUGACGGCUCACUGUGUCAGCACAACCCUCCGCGCCGCGUCCAAUCUACGGGUGGUCAACCAUGGCUACGGCUGCGUGGUCAAGGAUGGAAGCGAGCCCCAGGCGGAGAUCAUCCUUGUGCAGGAUGCCACGGCCACCUUCAACGUUCGAUUCGACGGGCGUGAUUACGACGCCGAGGAAGUUCAUGCCAUCCACCUCGCCACCAUGAAGGACGAAUUCUGCGAUGUCACCACCACCGCCGAUGUUCUCGGCCGGAUGCAGGCCUCUGGAACGCGGAGUUGGGGAGAACGUACUUUAGUCGAUGCAGACAGUAAGCCGCAGGGACGGCAGGCGAGGAAAUCUAGUCGUCUCUAA